ACUAUGCACAAAGCCACAAACUUGCUUAGCAAUGUUUCUAUUUCUUCUUCUCUGUUCUACAAUUAGUACUAAAAUCACGCUUGCUAAUGUCUGCUCUCGUUCCCUUCCUUCACCAAAUGGUACCGGUGGUGUAUUCACUGGUGGAGUACAAUUACUCAUUCCUUCAUGGACCUUCUCUUGUCAAGGAACUAUUGAUGAUUGGUUUGCUCAUGUCACUGGUAAUACAUCAGUUACUGUUGGGAGUGGAAUUGAGUUUCAAGUAUUAAAACCAGAUCCUGUUAAGAGUAAUGUCUACAAUCUUAUAUAUGGUAAUACGUAUGGAGAAGGUGGUGAAUCAUUUAAUGGCAGUAGAAUAGAAAUUAAUGUAGUAGCAUCAUCUAAUCAAGCACUUCUUCCAGUACGUCCAGGCUAUAUAGUAGGAGUAUACAUUGAUUCAAAUGCAGUUAAUCAGUUAAGUCUAUUGUAUGAAGACACAGCAGAGGAUAUCGAUAUUUAUUAUUGGGAGAAUCUAACAGGACGAAUGUGUGAUCUUUCUUUAUGUGAUGCCAAAGUGAUGAGAGGAGUAAGACCAUUAAUUGGUUGGAUAUUCAACAAUAUUACUGAUAACAAUGUUCUAUCAAAUCAAAAGGACACAAUAGAGUUACUAAAAUUCAAUUCACCUGAAUAUUGUAAUGAAACUGAAGUAUCAUCAUGUGCUCUACCUUCAGUAGAACCAACAAUGUCUUCUACACUUAUUUCAUCAUCAAUAUACAGGUAUAUAAUACUUAUAACUAAUAUGUUUUGUAACUCUCUCCCUUAUCUUUUUUAAACAGAUCUCCAUUUUUGAUUUCAUCUUCACCCUUCUCUCCUUCUGAGUCAACUCUUCCAUCUUCAUCUCCAACAGCUACUCUUUCUUCUCCAGAAGUUGUUCCUUCAUCUUUAGCUACUCCUUCCUCUCCAUCAUCCUCUUCAUUAGCUACUCCUUCCUCUUCAUCAUCCUCUUCAUUAGCUACUCCUUCCUCUACUCCAACCUCUUCAUUAGCUACUCCUUCUCCAUUAGCUGCUCCUUCCUCUUCUCCAACUCAAAGAGAGGAUGAUGGUAGUGUCCUCAUAAUUCAAGCAUCUAUAGCUCUUGGUUCAAUAGUUCCACAAAUCAUAAUCUUAGUAAUAAUUAUAUAUAUAUACUGUCUGUACUAUAGAAACAAGGCCAGCGUUAAGUUAGUGACUCCUCAAUCUAUAGACAGCACAAACAACAUAGUAGGUGAUGUAACAAAUGAUGCUAAUCCUUGCUAUGGUGUGAAUGUCACUAGUACUGGUAAUGAUAUUGCUGUGCAUGAUGAACUAAAAUGUAUUAGUGAUUCACCAAAUAUGAUCACAACUACUGAGGCCAACCCUUGCUAUGGUACUGUAAGUAAUGAAAGUCAAUUCCCUAGUGGUAUAGAACCAGGAGCUGAUGAUGAUGAUGACUAUAUAUAAUCAGUGUUAUUAAUGGACUCCAUUGUAGCUUGUUUGUUCUUUAGUUAACUGUCUAUUUGGACUGCUGCAUAAACUGCUUUGUUAUUGUCAUUUUCAUGUGAUAGAAGUACUGUAUAUGCUCAAAUGAUUAAUGAUACAU